ACACUCAUCAUAGCCUACCUACAUGUUAUUUAGAUUUCUAAGAAGUUUAAUCUUUUUUAGUUUUCUAAUUAGUAUUUAAGGCAUUAUUAAGGUUAAAUCAGAGAUUUAAGUAUAAUAAUUUUAAUAAUUGAAACGUAAAGAAGCAGAUACCGAUAAAAUAUAGACAGUAAGUAAGUUAGUUUUACGGUAAUUUGCAAAAAUAUUCCGGGCAAAAGUGUUUGGCUGCGAUCGCGGAGCAAGUUUACGCCCACACUCGCUGCUCACACAGACACGAGACCGCGCGCACCCGGUUGUCCCGCUUCUCUCUCCUUCGCGCUCGACCGUGGUGUCAAAAGUGACGUAUUUCUUAAGGUGGUUCAACUCUAACCAAAAUCUCCGGGUUUUGUCCGCGCGCGCCGCCGUACGGGAAGUUAGCCAAAACGACGUCGUUUACCGGAAGAGGUGGUCCCCCAGCAGGAGUGGUAGCAGCGGCGACGGCAGCGGGAAUCGGCAGGAUGCAUCCUGGGUCGAAGAAGAUGAACGCGGCGGAACUGGAUGACCACGAGAAGGGGAAGCUGUUUGUCGGGGGGCUGUCCUGGGAGACGACCCAGGAGAACCUGCAGCGUUACUUCGGCCGGUACGGGGAGGUGAUUGACUGUGUGGUGAUGAAGAACAACGAGACGGGUCGUUCCCGUGGGUUCGGGUUUGUGACGUUUGCGGAUCCGGAGAAUGUGGAGCGGGCGCUGGAGAACGGGCCGCACACGUUGGACGGGCGGACGAUCGAUCCGAAGCCGUGCAAUCCGAGGUCGCUGCACAAGCCGAAGCGGACGGGCGGAUAUCCGAAGGUGUUUUUGGGGGGUCUGCCGCCGAACAUUACGGAGACGGAUCUGCGGAGCUUCUUUAGCCGGUACGGGAACGUGAUGGAGGUGGUCAUCAUGUACGACCAGGAGAAGAAGAAGAGCCGUGGCUUUGGGUUCCUGUCGUUUGAGAACGAGGCCGCGGUGGAGCGCGCCACGGCGGAACAUUUUGUCAACAUUAGCGGCAAGCAGGUCGAGAUUAAGAAGGCGGAACCGCGCGACGGAAGUGGCAACAACAACAGCAUGAACGCGGACUCGUACCAGUGGGGAUCGCCGCAGGCACCUCCGAUGGGCAAUGGCCAGAUGGGUGGACCCCCGAUGAACAUGCAGUCGAACAUGAUGCAGGGCUACCAGGGUUGGGGCGCGUCGCAGCCACAGCAAGGUUACGGCGGUUACGGAGCUUCGGCUGGGGCGGCCAACGCGUACCAAGGCUGGGGAGCACCUCCGCCGCAGCAGUGGGGCAACUACAACGCGACCCCGCAGCAAACCCAAGGCUACGGAGGGUACGACAUGUACAACAGCUCGGGAGCUUCCGGCGCCGGAGGUUACGGCUCGGGCAACUGGAACUCGUGGAACAUGCCGCCGAACACGGGCUCAACCGGCUCCGCUGACAUGUACUCGCGGCCACAGUCCGGCCCCACAGCCGGGCCCGCUGGAACGGCUGGCCCCACCGCCGGAGGACCCUCCAAGCCCGGCUCCGAGUACGGAGGCGGUUCGGCGUACGGAUCGGGAGCGGCCGGCGGCUACGGCGGAUACUACCAGAACGACCAGAACACAGCGGCCGCCGCAGCGUACACCAACCGGCCCAGGUCGGCCUACGGCGGCGGCAACGAUGCCUCCUCGCAGCCACCCUAUCCAGCAUUUUGAGAGACGAUGACGACGACGAGCAGGAUGCCGCCAACUCCGCAGCAGCCGCAGCCGAUGCAUUUUGCGCAGCCCCAACAACAACCAACAACUUCGGCCGCGGGUGGCGCGGCGUCCGGCGGGUCCUCCUUCGACCGUAACAGUAGCUUGAUUGGAACGAAAUCGUAAACGUAAGCGAGCGAGCGAGAGGAAGAAUAUUAUUUCUUAUUUUUUAAACUUGAAGUAAAGCUAAAACAACCCUAAUUAUACAUAUACACAUUACAUAAGAAGAAGAAGCACUAUCUAAGUAAAGAGAGAGAGAAAACGAGAGAGAGAGGUGGAAGAAGAAGAAAACAAUUAUACAUAUAUUAUUAUUAUUGAAAGAAUAAAGCGCGAACCCGCAGAGAGAAGUUUAAAAACAACCACUCAAACAAAAAAAACCCAAAAUUGGAACCUUAUAUGAUGAUAAAAAGAAAAUAAGCAUAAUAAACACACAAACACAGACAAACAAACAAACCAACACAAACACAUCUAUCUAAUAAAGCAAAAAAAAAAAAAUAACCUUAUUAAAUUAGUCGUAGGAGUGAAGCAAACUUGAAGACCCGGGGGAGAGAGAGACAUUGUUCAAACUAUUGAUAUAAACUUGAAGUAAAAAUAAAGUAAACAAAAAAUCUUUGAAGCAGCAAA